CGUCCGGCCCAGCUCCUCCUGCCCGGAGCGGGGUCUGGGCCGAAAACCUCAGGAAUCCCGGCUCCGAGCUGGCUCCGGCCGCGCGAGGAAAUUGCCUGGCCUUCAAGAAAACCCAAUUACACGGGAACAGACUGCGCCGAGCUCGACGAUGGCCAGGACGCACUCGGGUUGCCUGAGGAAACUCCCUCUGGGGGAGUGUUGGAAACAGGACUCGGUUGACACACAGAUCGUCUCACCUGUGUGUCAAGUGUCUGUCCUGGAUAAUGUCUGCUCAGAGGCAGUAAUUUUGUGACACGUUCCGGGGUACAGUGUCAUCAGUGAUUAACAGAUUGCUAGAAUAAUAAUACGUUUGUAUGACCUUACAGGGCAGGUUUGUUUUUCAAGUAUUAUAGCACUUAUUAAGAAGGUCCAGUGAGGCAGGAAGGAGAGAAUUAACCCCAUCUUACAGGUGAGCACACCGAGGGCCAAGAAGUGAUGUGACUUGCUUACGGCCUCUCAGUAAGGGAAGGGCUACAUUCCCCCUCUGAUUUCUCUUCUCAGCCUAUGGCUUUUUAUUUAAAUGGUGGCCACUUUUUUUGAGAAUGGAUUCUUGACACCUGAGCGGUACUGAACCCAAGAAAAGGGGAUAAAUUAUGCUUGCUUAUUCUUUUUCAGAACACUUCUAGUUCGCUAACAGUUCCUGAUGAGACUAGCCAUUAAAGAACAGAAGUCUGCAUGACUCUAAUUAUCACCCAUUUAAUAAUUUGCUCUUGGUGAAUAGAUAUCAGCUGUGAUACAUCCAGUAUAUACCAGAAUCGUGCCUGCAUGUAACACAUUCCUAUGGUAUUCCGGUGCCCGUGUUUGUAUGGGUGUGUUCGUGCAGAAUCCUUAUUGAAUCCAAGGUUUGUCCUUUAGCUACUGGUUUCAAAGCCAUUAGAUUUAAAAUGUGGACCCCUGAAAAACCAUCCCAGGUUAGAUACUCUGUCCCCCUCCUUCUCUAAGGAUGAGGAAGCCCAGAAUAGAACAAACAGCUUGUACAUGCCUGUCUGUAUUUCUCAGCAUUUAUGUACUUGAAGGUUUUCAGGCAUUGCCUGGAGGGUUAUUAAGUUUGUCCAGCUAAUCCUUCACAAAUAUGUAUCGGGCACCUACAUGUUUGUGUAUCUAGAAGUGUAGAUAAAGAAAAUUUAACAAAUGUUACAUUAAGUCCAGGAAAUGUUUACCAAGCAUAUACCUUAGGCUAGGUGUUCUACUGUGUUUGGGGCACAGAAAGAUAGUAUAAGUAGUAACAGUUAAGUUACAAUGCAAUAACAGAGGAGGGAACAAAUGGUAAACAUUUUAAAGCACUCACCCUGUAACCUAGUCAAUUUCACAUAUGUAGGUUGCAAGCUGCCCAUAAUGCCAGUUCUUAUCCUAGAGCAAAUGCAGAAGGAAGCAAGGGUGUGGGGGAAGAUCCUUAUAUCCCUUGUUACCUUGAACUUCAUUCAGGCUAUUUGGAACCUUCCAAGAGUGCCCAGAGUUCUGUCAUGUAAAGUUAGGCAGCUGGUGGGAAAAUUACCCUGAAGCCAACCAACAGGUUCUGCUUAGCACUUGGAGCUGAGGAGGUGUUCUCUGAGGUCCCCGCCCAGCUCUGACGUGCUGUGUUUCAGUGAGGCCAUGGCUUUGGUCAAGGUCUUGCUCAGGCCCAGCCUGGGUAUAGAGGUUUCUGUCUUCCAGGUCUGUGUAGAUGUUAUGAUACGGGUCUGCUUUUUAUCUAUUCUCAUACUUACUCUGAAGGCCCUGAAGUUGUCCUCUAAUGUCAUUUCAGUUUUGGACUCCACUGCCCUUGUUUUAAGGUUAUGUUGUUUGCAGUUCAGAUCAUGAAGGAGGAAGCAGGAGAUGGGUGGUGAGGAUGGAGAGAGAAUUCUGAGCCCAGAUAAAUAACCAGACAUACAGACACACAGGCAAAUUGCAGUUUGUGAGCAUUCUCCAAAUAUGAUGGCGUUUCUGCAUAACUUACCUGAUAAGAUGGCAGCCAUUUUUUGAUGUUCUUGGGGUGGGGGUGGGGUGAGGGAUCCCCUACCUCUGGGCCCCCACUGCUGACUCGUGGGUACCCAGAGCCCAGCUGCUCACUUGCAGGCUUGGAUUUUCUUCUGCCCUCCUCCCUCCCUCUGCACUCAGUUUAAUUUAGAACCACUCAGUAAAAGUGGCCUUCCCCCUGCAUUACCACCCUGCCUUGUCAACAUCUGCCUCCUAUUUCUGAAUUCAACCCAGGCCAGAGCAGUGGUUUAGAACAGGAUGAGAACAGACAUAUCCUUGGAUCCUAGGCACCCAGAGCUGGGGGGCGGGGGGAGGGGGCUUGCAGAUAAUCUGAUCUCCAUGUGAAGACCUGAAGGCCUAGAGAAGUGGAAUGACUUGCCCAAGGUCACAGUGAGCCCUUGGCAUAGUGGGACAGAAAUCCUGGAAUUUGAGAUCUCGUCCAAUCUUCUUUCUCUAUACUAUAUGAUGCUUUCCGAAAAAAGUUGCAUUGUUACUUCCCAAAGAGUGAGAACUGCCCAUCUUCUUCUCUCCCUUCUUCUGGUACUAGCAAAGGCUCUGGAGUAAUUUUUUAGUUUUGGUUUUGCUUUCCUUCAAGACUGGCCUUUCCUGCUUCAUUUUCAUCUUUGGUGUCCAGGAACAAAUGAGGGCAUGCGUUUGGGAGAGAUGGUAAGCUUGGGGUCUUCCAGCACUCUUCAGUUUGGUCUGUGGCCUUCUGGCCUUGUGGCAGGGUCCUCAGGAACCUCCUGGAAGUGUCUGCAAAGCUGAUACGUAUGUGCAUUUUUCUAGAAAGAGGAUCCUCAGAUUUCAUUUGAUUCUCAACUGACUAAGUAAAGGCAAAAGUCCUGGUGGGAAGGAGGACAGUAGAUUGAUUGCACUGGGGACUAUUAGAAUACCCGACACUUGAUUUGGCUUUACAAUUUGCGAAGUAUUUCCCACAAUUAUUCCUUCUGCCUUUUACAAUAGGUUGUUACCAUUGUCCCCAUUUUGUGGAUGAGGAAGCUGAGCCUCUGUGGUUAGUGGCAUGCCCAAGUCUACCACGAGUAGGUGGUAGAACAGGGAUCUGAACCCUGACUUUAGACUUCACAUCCAGUGCUCAGGGCCGAGGGGGCUUACUGUCUGACAUCAUCAGUAUGAUUUUGUGAGUGGACGGCCUUGAACUUUUUGGAGUUUCUUUGUAUCUACCGUGGACUCAUAUUCAGCCAGACCCAAAUGCUAACUUACCCGGGGGGUGGGGCACAUAAAGUAUGAAGGACAGUUACCAUAGCAACAGUACGUAGAGUGGGGCCAGUAUGGGAUGAUUUCAUGGAAGAGGUGAACUUGGUAGUAGGUAUGGGGUAGUGAUGGAGGAAGUUUUAGGCUGGGGCACUGGCUCAGAAGUGGUUAAGGGGAGACUGUGUGCUUGGGGUAGGGGUGGAUCAGACCUACGAGGUUUGCUUGAAUAUCUGUGAUCAGUAGGAGCUUCUCAGAAGUCACUGGGGUGUGUUUUGAUGCCUGGCUCUGCACUAGGCCCUGGGGCUACAGCAGGGGACAGGUACAGUCAGUCCCCUGUCUUCAAGGAGCCCACUGUCUAGUGGGAGACACAGACACCUGCUCUCUGUUCACUGGGGUGUGGGGAACGCAGUGGGAGAGGAGGCUGAGGGCCUUACAGCAGCAGGGACAAGGAGCACCCGUCCUGGCCUCAGGGAUCAGAGAGGGGGCUUCCUAAAGGAAACAGCUAGGGGCUGAGUCUUCAUGGACGAGAGGAACUAGGCAGGAGAUGGGCAUCAGGGAGCAGGAAUGGUGCACACGCAGGUGUGGAGUGGUGAGGCUGCCUGGGUGUAGGAAGGAACCACAAGCAGUGAGGUCAAAUGCAAGGGCGGAGAGACAGACAGCGCUCAGCGCUGAGGAACUUUGUGAGCUUGGCAUCAGACCUUGGCUUUCAGCCUGGCAGGUAAGGCACGGAGGAAGGGCUUUAAGCAGAGGCGAGGUGUGCAGCCAUGGGUCAGAAGGGAACAUGAAGGGGAGCAGUAACAGCCUCCAUGUGGCAUCCAGGUCUCAGGGGAUGAGGCCUGGGACCAGGGCUGUGCACCAAAGGCUGGACUGAACGUCAUACAUUAAAAAUAUUCGAGAGUAAAGUCUGCAAUGAUUGAUUAGACUUGGUGACAAGGGAGGAGUCCCAGUAACUCCUAGGUCUCCGCCCUCGCUGACCGGGUGGUUGGCAGCCCAUCACCAGGGUGGGAGUGGGACUGCUGUGGUUGGGGUGGGAAGGAAGACUGGUGCGUUCAGUGCUGCAGGCAUUGCAUCUGAGUUGCUGGCAGCAUAGCUGGAUGGCGCUGCCUUACAGACAAUGCAAUGCACAAGGUAGAGCCUGCAGAAGUGUGGGCCGAGCUACGGUUCUGGGAGUGCUGAGCGUGACUGUGGUGGCUGCUACAGACAAUGAGAGCAGACCUCUUCCUCCCAUUGUCAGAGAAUCCUUUGUCAUGCCGGGUGCUGUCGUCAGGGAAGCCAGGCGGGGAUGCUGUGUCAUGCUGGAGGCCCAGCUGGCAGAAUCCAGCGACAGCCAAGAGCGAGCUUCAGCUGGAAACAUUAGACCCCGGCCCAGGCCCCUGAGCUGGAGGAUGGAAAACUCCUCGGCAGCGUCGGCCUCCUCCGAGGCUGGGAGCAGCCGCUCCCAGGAGAUCGAGGAGCUGGAGCGCUUCAUCGACAGCUACGUGCUGGAGUACCAGGUGCAGGGGCUGCUGGCCGACAAGACAGAGGGCGACGGCGAGAGCGAGAGGACGCAGUCCCACAUCUCCCAGGAGGAAGCGCUCAAUGGUGGACCACCCAUCAUGAAAGGCUUAACAGAAGAAUGGACGGCGGACUGCAACGAGCCGCUAGACAGCAGCUGUUCCUUCUCCCGAGGGCGAGCCCCCCCGCAGCAGAACGGCAGCAAAGACAACUCCCUGGACAUGCUGGGCACCGACAUCUGGGCCGCCAACACCUUCGACUCCUUCAGUGGUGCCACCUGGGACCUGCAGCCCGAGAAGCUGGACUUCACGCAGUUCCACCGCAAGCUCCGGCACGCGCCCAAGCAGCCCCUGCCGCACAUCGACCGCGAAGGGUGUGGCAAAGGGAAGCUGGAAGAUGGGGACAGUAUCAACCUGAAUGACAUCGAGAAGGUCCUCCCGGCCUGGCAGGGCUACCACCCAAUGCCCCACGAAGUGGAGAUUGCGCACACCAAGAAGCUGUUCCGGAGAAGGAGAAACGAUCGAAGGCGACAGCAAAGACCUCCAGGAGGGAACAAGCCCCAGCAGCAUGGUGACCAUCAGCCGGGCAGCGCCAAACACAACAGGGACCACCAGAAACCCUACCAGGGGGGCUCAGCACCUCACCCCUCAGGGAGGCCCACCCACCACGGCUACAGCCAGAACCGGCGCUGGCACCACGGCAACAUGAAGCACCCACCAGGCGACAAGGGGGAGGCAGGCACCCACCGCAAUGCCAAAGAGAUUGUGACCAUCGAGAGCCCAAAACUUGAGGACACCCCGGGGGACACCGGGCAUGGCGGCCUCGAGCCCCCCCGCAGCCCCGACACCCUGGCCCCAGUGGCUUCUGAGAGGCUGCCCCCGCCGCCGCCGGGAGCGCCGGAGGCCGAGACAAAGCGCAAAGACAGUGUUCUUCCCGAGCGCGUGGGGGAGCGGCCCAGAGUUACCCUGCUCCAGUCUUCCAAAGACAGACUGCGGCGAAGGCUAAAAGAAAAGGAGGAAGUGGCGGUGGAGACGACCAGCCCCCAGCAGAACAAGAUGGACAAGCUGAUGGAGAUCCUGAACAGCAUGCGGAACAACAGCAGCGACGUGGACGCCAAGCUCACCACCUUCAUGGAGGAGGCGCAGAACUCCACCAACUCCGAGGAGAUGCUGGGAGAGAUCGUGCGGACCAUCUACCAGAAGGCCGUGUCUGACCGCAGCUUCGCCUUCACCGCCGCCAAGCUGUGCGACAAGAUGGCGCUCUUCAUGGUGGAGGGCACCAAGUUCCGGAGCCUGCUCCUCAACAUGCUCCAGAAGGACUUCACGGUGCGCGAGGAGCUGCAGCAGCAGGACGUGGAGCGCUGGCUGGGCUUCAUCACCUUCCUGUGCGAGGUCUUCGGCACCAUGCGCAGCAGCACGGGCGAGCCCUUCCGCGUGCUCGUGUGCCCCAUCUACACCUGCCUCAGGGAGGUAAGGGCCCGCCGGGGGCCAGGGCGCUGGCACUGGGAGGGCGCCAGUCGAAACCCGUCUCACGCGCGUGGGCACAGCCGGCAGGGUCAUGUCACUUACGAGGGAUCGUGCCUUUGGUAAAGUCAGGUCUUUAUCUGUUGAGUUUAUGUAAAGCGAAACAGCCCCCCAAGGGGCAUGAUUAACUCAGACUCCGGUGAUUCCUAACCUGGAACUCCGGCUGCAGACAGGAGGCCUGCGGUACGUAUUAUUGCAGUGCAAGCGUCUCUGGAUUGGACUGGUUUACCAUUGAAUUG